CCGACUGUCACACUAAUUGUGAAGCUACUAAAAGUGAAGAAGACGUUCAUGCUGACACCCAACAAUUCACAAAUCACCCCCAAAAACUUAACUGUCAUCACAUUAUAGACAAAUUUACCCAACGCGGCCUGGCGCCAACCUGAACCACAACGCUACACGCGUCCUAAAUAUAUGACAUUUUCCUGUGCGUGGACCCCAUUCUCUCUCUCUCUCACACAUGCAAAAGAUGUUCUCACUGUCAAGAAUUCUCCCUCUUUCCGGUCUCUAUCUCUCUCUAUAACGAAGGAAGUUCUCUAUUAAUUGUGUUACAAUUAAAAAUGAAAUCCUAAUUAUGAAUCGUUAAUAAUAGACAUAGUCUUAUGCCAGUUCUAAUAUGGAAUUUUUCUCAAUUAAUUUAGAUUAUCUUUCCAUAAAGCGUCCUCUCAGUCAACGCCAUCGGCGAUAGUAAUCAAGCUCAAUUUUAAGAUGGAUACUCACGAUGAGUGUUUGAGUUACACUAGCCUGAAGGAUUUGCUUCCGGAGUCGACGCCGUCUAUUAUGUCGCCGUCAACGACUCGGAAAGACAGCUGGCGGGAGAUAUCCAUCAAGGAUCCGCUGGUGCAACAUGCAGCUUGGGCAUACCUACAGCCGAUGAUGACGGCGUAUGAGGAUGUAGAACGCGGGUCUUUUUUCCGGAGGAUUAAGAUGAAGUGCUGUGGACUGUUUGAGUGCUUCAACGACGUCGUGUUGACAUCCGUGAGGAGUUUGUUUUCUUCUGAGCAAGGGAGUAAAGAAGAGGAUGAAUAUAAACUUGAAUGAGAGAGGUUUAAUGAAUUUAAUUAUUUUCAUUUUGUAUAGCAAUAUAAUUUUUUUCUAUAAAUAGUUGGCUGAGGAUUUAUUCCUCCUGGAAUUACAUUGUCAUGACGUUUUCUCUGUAAGUGCAUUAUGCCUGGAAAUCUGAAUUUCAUUUAUUUUCUUACUUUUUCAAUAAAAUUCUGAAGCAAUCAGUCUUC